AAGGAUGUUGAUCGCAACACAUCGAUAUUAUUGACUUGGGUCGUCUCUUCGUUUCAGCUUUUAAUUACAUCUCUCCAUUUUGUUCUCUCUUUGUUGGAAAGUCCAUAAGCAACGAACGAGCAUGAGGAGUUGGAACAGUUCCAUCAGUGGCCGAGGUUUGCUUGUAGUAGUAGUACUGCUUAUGCAUUUAGGUGUGGCGGUGAAGUCCCAAUUAAGCUCUGAUUUCUAUAACUCAACAUGCCCAAAUCUGCUUAAGAUUGUUCGGAAACAGGUCAAUACAGCUAUCAUGAAUGAAAUCCGAAUGGCAGCUUCUUUGCUUCGACUUCACUUCCAUGAUUGCUUUGUAAAUGGAUGCGAUGCAUCUGUUCUCUUGGAUGGAAGUGAUAGUGAGAAAUUAGCAGUUCCCAACUUAAACUCAGCGAGAGGAUUUGAUGUUAUUGAUACAAUUAAGAGUGCCGUAGAGAGUGAAUGCCCUGGAGUGGUAUCAUGUGCUGAUAUACUAGCUAUAGCCGCAAGAGAUUCCGUUCUCUUAAGUGGAGGACCUUCAUGGAAAGUUCUUCUAGGGCGAAGGGAUGGCUUGGUAGCAAACCAGACAGGGGCCAAUAAUGGUCUUCCUUCUCCAUUUGAAUCGGUUGAUGAAAUCGCUGCAAAGUUUGCUGCUGUAGGCCUCAACCUCACAGACGUUGUGUCCUUAUCAGGUGGUCACACAAUCGGCUUAGCAAGGUGUGCUACCUUCAGUACGAGAUUGUUCAACUUCUCUGGAACAGGUGCUCCAGACACCACAAUGAACACAGAUAUGGUGACUGAUCUGCAAAACCUCUGCCCACAGAGUGGUGAUGGCAACAAAACCACCGCUCUUGAUCGCAAUUCAACUGAUUUAUUUGACAACCAUUACUUCAAGAACUUGCUCAAUGCAAAGGGUCUUCUCUUUUCAGACCAAAAUCUUUUCUCUAAUACUAGUUCUCAGGCCGGAAGCACAACCAAAGCACUUGUUGAGAGCUACAGCAACAGUUCUAAGCUCUUCUUCCAGGAUUUUGUCAAUUCAAUGAUCAAAAUGGGGAACAUAAGUCCUCUAACUGGGACAAAUGGACAAAUACGUAAUAACUGCAGUGUAGUUAACUAAAUGCCACACCCAUCAGAGCCCUUGAAGUCUUCUCUCUUUGAAUGCUUUGGUAUUGCAUUUCUUGUAGAAUUAAGUUAUGUCUGAAUCAAGCUCAAGUAAUUAUGUGUUUUCAAAUGUAAUGAAGUCAGUGUAUUUCCCAUUUCAUAAAUGUUCUUACGUAUGAACAAGCUAAAUCUUUACAUAUA